AUGGCUCUCGGAAAAGAUGUGAAGAUGCGCAAAGUGGUGCUGGCGGUGGUCAUGCUCGCCUUGAUCUGUGGUGAGUGGUUGCUGGUGGCUGGUGAUGGAACCGACAUUCUGGGCGUCCAGCAGGCGCUCCGCUCCGAGACAAUCAUGUUCAUCGAUGUGGCUGAUUUUAACUCUGAAGAGAUCCGGUGGUUUGGUCGCGACUCGCUGUCGAUCUUCCGACCGUCCGACUCGCAGCUCGUGGCGACACUCACGUCGGGCGCUACUCCGGCGUCGUACACACCGACAGAGAACGGGGCGUAUCGGCUACAGCUUAACGCAGAUCAAGUCGCGGGCGAUGUGUGGGACGUGACCAUCCACAACACGCUUCUGGUCAUGGAUGUUGGCGGGCGUCUCUGGUCGCGUCAGUGGUUCUUUGCGGCAGCGUCGUUUGCUGAGACCGACGCGACCGACGUCUCGAUGUGGGCGGUCUUCCUCACCUCGCUUGGCAACAAGCUAGUGGAGACUCGGUUUGAGGGCCUCGCCGGGUUUGUGUACGAGCUUGGGGCGACGUCGAACGGCAUUGCCACAAACACGCCGGCGUACAAGUCGUCGCCGCAGGCUGGGCAUGCGAUCACGCCCGAGAUCCCACUCUACCUCAGGCCGCCGAACCACAUCCCGCUGGCAGACACGCAACCGACGAUCGAGUUUGAUGACGUGCUGUACGUGACGGUCGGGUGCGGCGCGUUCACGACCGAGUGCACGACGCUUGUCAGCGGGCAAGUCAACCCGCGGUUCCGUUUCUUCACCGACGCAGCGGGUGGCGCGUAUCGGAUUGUGUGCGAUACCAACAGCGACGGUGUAUUCAACAUUGUCGACGGCUCGGACACGGUGCUGAGUGGCACGACGGUGGCUGGGGCUAACGAGGUGACGUGGGACGGGACCGACUCGUCGGGAGCAUCCGUGUCGAACGGGUACUACUUGUGUGAGGUGUGGGUCUUUCUCGCGGAAAUCCACUUUCCUAUGGUUGACGUGGAGACCAUUUACCCGGGCAUGCGUAUGUUCUCGUACUUUGAAGGAGUUCCGAGGCCACAAAUCAUGUACUGGAACGACGAUGAUGUGAUCAACCCACCGGCGACGCCUGUCAACAUGCCGAACGGCCAGCCCGGAGACACCGAUUCGGGAUGUUGCGGGUUCAACUCGACGUACGACGCGACGGCGGUGGCCAAUGUCAAUGCUAGGGCAUGGGGCAAUUUUGCGUCUGGGAGCAAGGGCGACCAGGCGAUCAUCAACACGUUUUCGUUUGUGGAGCGAUCGAUAUCUGUUCCACUCAACGUCUCUGUAGGUGUGUCGGACUCGUGCCCGCCUGCAGCAGUGUAUGUGCUCAACGAGGAGGUGAUGGAGGGCGAUACCGGGACGGUGUCGGUGAUGGUCUCGCUUGUGCUCACGUCUGUGGUGUCAGCACCGGUCGACAUCGACUAUGCCACGGUUGAUGGCUCUGCGUCGGCGGGCAGCGACUACGUGGCAGCAGCCGGGACGGUGACGCUCGUGCCAAACACAUACUGCUACUCGAUCAGUGUGGACGUGAAUACGGACAACGUGCUCGAGGUCGACGAGCAAUUUUUCAUUGACAUUUCCUACAAUGGUGGUGGGCCGUCGCCGGUCGAGUUCCGUCAGUCACGGGCGGUUGUCACCAUUCGCAACGACGACUCGAACUGCGGGGCCACGGCGCCUGUGCCCGUCGAGUGGCCAGGCCUCCUGCUCGAGGUCUACGACGACGUGACCGGAACCGAGGUCUCGGAUCUUACAUCGUCGAACGCUUAUCUGACGCACUCGCCCGGGUGUGUGGAUCCCGAGCUCAACACGCUCGAGGCCAACCCUGCGUCGGGCGCCUGCGCAGCGACACUCGUCUCGUCGCUGAACUACGGGGUGGAGGCAUCGGGCUGGCUGCGGGUGGGGCAGACCGACACGUACACGUUUGUAGUGGCGGGUGACAACUCUGUCGAGCUGUGGCUCGGGCCGGACGAGGCGUCGCUGGCGCGGGUUGCAUUCAACAUCCUGCCCAACGCCGACGAGAACUCGUACAAUGACGCACCGCCGCAGACAAGCAGCCCGAUGGCGCUUGCCGCCAACGAGCUGCUCUUUAUCCGGGUGCUAUUUAAGGAGGGCGAUGAAGAGAACCCUUCGGAUGACUUUUUCUCUGUGGCUUGGUACGGGACAACCGUCUCGACCAAUGUGGCAGUUGUUGGCAACGGCGGCUUCUACUCGGAGAUGCUCUUCCACAACAACACGAUCGACGUUGAGUUUGAGAGCGACGACACGUGCUGUACGUCGAGGAUUGUGGAGACCGAGGUCCGCGCAGUGCGAACGGAGGCUGACCCUUGCUCUGGCCAGCUCUUUGGCAACGUGACGAACAUGAUUGACCUCUCACCGCGAGCCGUGAGCGUGAACGUGGACUUUGAACCCGACGAAGUGCACGAGCUCGAGUAUGUGCGCGACGACCUGUUUGCCGACAUUGGAGCUGUAGAUGUGACUGGACAGGUGUUUGCUGGGCGUGUGCGGCACCCGCUGACGACCAAGUCGCGGAUUGCAUCCGGCAACGACAACGCAUUUGAGCGUGCGGGAGACGGAAGGGUGUGGAACUCGUGGGGGACGCUCCCGAUCGGGACGUGGACGCUGGCGACCACGUUCGACAGCAUCGGCGUCCCGCAAGGCGCAACAAUCACGCGGGCGUACAUCGAGGUGGAGGGUGACAACGGGGGCGGACAAGACACGGGUACCGGGGUGGAUGUUCCAAUCUGGGGCCAUGCCGUCGACAGUGGCAGCUCGAUUCCGGAGACUGACUUUUACAUUACGAGUCUCCCGCAAACGAGUGCGACCGUGACGUGGACCGAAGUGCCAGAGUUUGUGACGAACGCGCGGUAUCAGAGUGUGGACAUUGCGCCGAUUGUGCAAGAGCUUGUCUCGCGGAGCGGAUGGCGCGGCGGUAACUCUAUGACGAUUGUGUUUGGGCUCUCGACUGGGACGUCCAACAUCCGACUGGUUGAGUCUGUGAACGGAGACGCGUCUGCAGCGCCGACGCUUGUGAUCGAAUACCACACGGGGUUCGGCACAUCUGCGAACACGGGCGCGGUGUACCUUGGUGACUACUCGGACACAGCGGUGGGGACGGUCAACUCGCUCUCUGGUGGCUUCCGGCUCAACUUUGUGCUUGCAGCCGCCGGCAGCUACACGUUCUCUGUGCGGCACUCUGUGGUGGCGAACCGGCUCGAUGCCGGCAGCGAGCGUGUCAGCGCACUGCUCCGGGUCAACAACGUGUACUUUGGAAACGGCGUUGGCACGGAAGGAGUGCAGGUGCUCGAAGAGUUGACGGCGUCUGGAGUGUCCACGCCGACGACGUCGAGCUUUACGCUCUCGCUCCCAGCCGGGGCGAGCGAGAUUGUGUUUGGUGGGUAUCUCUCGCGGCGAAGCGGGGUGCGCGACUACGCAGCUGUGUUCUUUGAUGAUAUGGUGCUGAGUACGACCGAUUUUGUCAGCUCGUGCUCAACGGCCAAUCUUGAGUACAGCUACGAGUGGUGGGCACCAUCAUGCUCACUUACCGCGCCGUGCUCCACGACGCAGCUCUCUUCUGGCCUGUGUGAUCCGGAGAUCCGGCUGUUUGCGCAGAACGAGGUCUGCUGUCUCGAAGUCAACGUGGCUCUACCCAAGGAGAUUCCCCCUCUCAGCUUUAACGUCAGUGAUGUGGCCGCGAGCGAGCCGAGCUCGGGCUUUGUCGACUAUAUCGUGGCGCUCUCGCUUGGAUUCGACGCCGAGAUCGAAAUCGUGGCCGUGCUCGAGACAGUCAAUGGGACAGCUCUGUCUGGAUUUGACUUUGCGCUUGUGACCCCAACUGUGGUGUUCCCCGUGGGGACCGAGACGGCCAAUGCAGUUGUGCGUGUUUAUCAGGAUGGCGUGUACGAGGGUCACGCAGAGUCAGCGCCACCCGAGACGUUUGUCGUCCGGUUGCGGGUGUGA